GCAAGACGCCGGGGCCGCCGCCGCCGCCGCCGGCCUGGAUCCGCCCCGGCCUGGACGCCUCCGCCCCGCAGCCAGGCGAAGGCGGGCACGGCCGGCCCCGCAGCUGCGGCUGGCCUCGUCAGACUACAUCAAUGAGUUGGCCUAGCAACCUCCAAAGUUAUCAAAGCAAAGGGGAUCUGGCCAUGGAAGCUUUGUUGGAAGGCAUACAAAAUCGGGGGCACGGUGGGGGGAUUUUGACAUCCUGUGAAGCAGAACUACAAGAGCUCAUGAAACAGAUUGACAUAAUGGUGGCUCAUAAAAAAUCCGAGUGGGAAGGGCAGACCCAUGCUUUGGAGACUUGCUUGGGCCUCCGUGAUCGCGAACUCAAGGCGCUUAGGACUCAGUUGGAUAUGAAACACAAAGAGAUUGGAAUGUUACAUCAGCAGGUAGAAGAGCAUGAAAAAAUCAAGCAAGAAAUGGCCGUAGAGUAUAAACAAGAGCUAAAUAAACUGCAAGAAGAAUUAGGCAGACUGAAGAGAAGCUAUGAAAAGCUGCAGAAAAAGCAAAUAAGGGAAUUUAGAGGAAAUACCAAAAACCACAGGGAGGAUCGGUCUGAGAUUGAGAGGCUAACUGGAAAAAUAGAGGAAUUCCGUCAGAAAUCGUUGGACUGGGAGAAGCAAUGCUUGAUUUAUCAGCAACAGGUAUCUUCUCUGGAAGCACAAAGAAAGGCGCUGGCCGAACAAUCAGAGAUAAUUCAGGCUCAGCUCAUCAAUCGAAAGCAGAAAUUAGAGUCUGUGGAGCUGUCCAGCCAGUCAGAAAUUCAGCACCUGAACAGCAAGCUUGAGCGGGCCAAGGAUACCAUCUGUGCCAAUGAGUUGGAAAUAGAGCGCCUUAACAUGAGAGUCAGUGACUUAGUUGGAACCAAUGUGGCCAUCAUGCAGGAGCAGAGGCAAAGAGAAGAAAAAUUGAGGGAAUCUGAAAAAUUAUUAGAGGCUCUGCAGGAAGAACAGAGAGAAUUGAAGGCAAAUCUUCACUCUCAAGAAAAUAUCAUCCAUGAGACACAAAUGCAGAAGGAGGAGCUACAAGCAAUGUUAAAGGCAGCUGAUAUGAAACACACAGUGGAAAUCAUAAGGCCAAUGGAAAAUGAUGAACUGGAGAGGAAGUAUGCCUCUCAAGGGCAGGGGGUCUUGGAUGAUAUGCUCUCUCAGUUGGAUUUCACCCACACUAGUGAAGAACUUCUGCAGGCAGAGGUGAUCCGACUUGAAGGCAGCUUAGAAUCUGUGAGUGCAACAUGCAAACAACUGAGCCAAGAACUAAUGGAAAAAUACGAAGAACUAAAGAAGAUGGAAGGACAUAAUAAUGAAUACAGAGCAGAGAUUAAGAAGUUGAAAGAACAAAUUUUGCAGGCUGAGCAGAGUUAUAGCUCUGUACUGGAAGGAAUGAAGAUGGAAAUCAGCCAGCUAACUCGGGAGCUGCAUCAGCGAGAUAUCACUAUUGCCUCCACCAAGUGUUCUUCCUCAGACAUGGAAAAGCAGCUCAAAGCAGAGAUUCAGAAGGCAGAAGAGAAAGCAAUUGAGCAUAAGGAGAUUGUGAAUCAGCUGGAAUUACUCAAGAUAGAAAAUCGUCGUCUUUCUGAAGUGGUGAUGAAAUUGGAGUUGGGUUUACAUGAGGCAAAAGAGAUUUCAUUAGCAGACCUUCAGGAGAAUUAUAUUGAGGCAUUAAACAAAUUAGUGUCUGAAAAUCAGCAACUACAAAAAGAUUUGAUGGAUACCAAAUCUCAACUGGACAUGGUUACCGAGGCGUGUAAACAAAAAGAUGACAGGAUCUUUAAGGCACCACACAGCAGGACAGCUGAGUUCAACACAGAGUUGAAGCCAGACCAUGGCCAUUACAGACACGAAGGAAUAAAGACCCAGAAGCAUAAAGCAGGCCUCCACUUUGCGAGAGGACAAGCAACGCAUAGCAUAGACUCCAGGUCCAGGGUCCGCAGCCCCCGGAGUUCUCAGAGCAGCCCUUGCAGCUCCACUCUGUCUUUGGCUUCUAACUAUCUGUGUCCGACUGACACUUUGCCUUCAGUGCCGGAUACAAACGAGACCAAUUCUGAUACCAAUUCUGACAGUAUGAAUGACCAAGAAGAGUGUGUAUCUUCGUCUUCCAUGCCUGUGUCUCCCCUGGGCUCCAUAGCUACCAGAUUUUUGGAAGAAGAAGAGCUGAGAUCUCAUCAUAUUCUGGAACGCCUCGAUGCCCACAUUGAAGAACUGAAAAGAGAGAGUGAGAAGACAGUGAGGCAGUUCACAGCCCUCAUGUAGCCACUCACCAACCCACACACCGGAAGCGACAUUGAGCACCAGGCUCGUCUAAAAUUCCACAGGUGAUGAUGCCUAGUAAAGCAGGUGAAGAGGCCCGGAAAAUGCCACUUCUCAAUACCUUCUCACUGCACUGGUUUGUUUGAAUUACUUCUUCCAGCGGUAAUUUCUAAGAAUAAACCAUUUUGCAGACCUUU